AUACAAUUGAGUACCCCUGAGUCCACGACGCGCCAUCAGGGUACUUCAACCUAUCACUUCUCCUCAUAUAUCAUCUUGACUCCCGAACCCACUCUUCUUGGGCCACCAUGCGAACGAUUGCGGAGGUUGAGAAGUACUGGCGACAGCUCGAUGACUUCCACUCGCUCACGGAGCUGAAGAUUUCGGUUUCGAGCCAUGGGGAUCCGAAUAUUACUAAUGGAUUGAGGAGUGUAUGUUGGAAGAUGUUUCUCCUUUUCAAAACGCUUGAUCGGGCGAUAUGGACACAACGGUUAGGGGAGUCAAGGAAGGAGUAUGGGGAUCUGAGGGGGUAUUAUUUACGGGCGAUACAGCAUCCGGAUGAGUUUGAUUCGAGUGUGGAUCCACUAAGUGAGAAUGAUGAGUCCCCCUGGAACGCCCUCCGAGCCGACGAAACCUUGCGCGCCGAAAUCUUCCAAGACAUCGAACGCUGUAUGCCCGAUAGCGUGUAUUUCCGCCAACCAGCCACCCAAAACAUGAUGCUCGACAUCCUAUUUGUCUGGUGCAAGUUGAAUAAAGAGAUUGGAUAUCGACAAGGCAUCCACGAGUUGCUCGCGCCAAUACUCUGGGUUGUGGAGCGGGAUGCGGUGGAGGUUGAUAGUGAGAGGGUGGAGCAGACACACGCGCCGCUGGUCGAUAUGCUGGAUGGGGAGUAUAUCGAACAUGAUGCUUUUACGCUGUUUGAAAGGGUCAUGCGAACAGCUAAGGGGUUUUAUGCGCCAGCGGAAAAGGAAGCUACGAGUAAGGAGACGUUAAUGCUGGCGAGGAGUUCGAGGAUAUUUGAACGGUAUUUACCGAAAGCUGAUCCAGGGCUUGCGGCACAUCUAGUUAAGCUGGAGAUUGUGCCGCAGAUAUUUCUCCUUCGCUGGAUCCGCCUCCUCUUCUCCCGCGAAUUCCCGCUCCCCUCCACCCUCCAAGUAUGGGAUUCCCUCUUCGCCAUCGACUCCACCCUCGAACUUGUCGACCACAUCUGCAUCGCCAUGCUCCUCCGAAUCCGCUGGACGCUUCUUUCCUCCGACACCAAUGAAGCAUUCUCACUUCUUCUUCGCUACCCUGAACCCGAAGCCCCAGCCCACAUGUUUAUAAAAGACGCGUUAUACCUCCGAGACCAUCUUACACCGGACGGUGGUGCGGAGAUAAUAUCACGGUAUGGAGGCGUGAAACCACAGGUCGUCGAAACAAAGGAUAGGCCCAUACCUGGUAUUCGUAUCCCAAGUCCCUCACCCUCAUAUGCAUCAAGUCGAACACGUCAAUCAAUCGGGUCACCAAGAUCCCUCAUCCCACCACUGCAACAGCCAUCCACAGCCACAACCUCAACGCUCGAAUCCCUGCUCCAGAACUCUGUGAAAGGCGUGCUAGACCGGGGUUCGCAAUGGGGUGUUGGCAAAGCGAUCCGGGAUGCUGUCGGGGAGGUGAAGAAGAAUGUAGAAGCAUUGCAAUCCGGGACGUUGACGCCACCGGGCCAACCAUCGCUCGUGAGAUCGGGGGGAAGGGAGUAUAGGAAACCAGGGAAGAUAGGCACAUCGAUGCCGAGCGGGACUGGGGCAGCGACAAGUAAGCCCGGGCUAGAAAGAACGCAAUCUGGGAAUAUGAUUAGGAAAAUCGAAGAGCUAGAAAGACGCAACAAAGGGCUCGCGAAGAUGUUAGAGAGUGCGGUUAAAGAGCUAUGGGACCACCAUAAAGAGCGGAGUGAGCGCGAGGAAGAAAGUAAAGACGCUGUCGAGAAGCUGAGUUUGGCAAUUGCCAAGGUGCAGUUCGUGCAGGUUUAUUUGGAGGAUGCGACGAUUCCGUUACCAGCGGAUGAAAACACUGAAGAAAGUAAGACGAAUAACUCAAUAUCAACGGUGGAACCGGAGAGCCUAAGAUCUCCCUCAGUCCCAGAACGAACUUCCAGCGCCCCACCUGGCACAACGUCCCCCAUUUCCCACCAUAAGCCAUCGUCCGCCCUGUCACUCUCCCCCCGCACCCGACCGCCCCUAUCUCAAUCUUCGUUCUCGUGGAUGCUAGGUCAAGACGACUCUGUAUCCUCGACAUUCGCAUCUGCAUCCGCGCACACUGCGUUUCCGUCAGAUGAGAAGAGGAGAAGUGUUAGAGGGAGCGGGAAAGGGUUUUUGUUUGGGGAUGAGGAUGAUGGCGGGGGUGUAGGGGGGAAGGAAAGAAUAGGGAGUGUGGGCGGAGUGAGGGGGAAUAGUGGGGGUGGUAUAGUUGGGAGGGUAAGAGAUGAAAGGGUUGGGGUUGACGAAGAGGUCAUUGAUUUAGGGGAUAUGCGGAUGAAGGGGGCUGUUGGGUAG